AUGUCCGCCACUGCUACCGCCGUUUCCGCAGCUGAGAAGCCUGUCCGGAGAUUUCCACCACCGUGUUGGACCCAAGAUGAAGCACUAGCACUGAUCCAAGCCUACCGGGAGAGAUGGUACGCCCUCCGCCGUGGGUACCUUCGCACCGCUGACUGGGAUGCGGUGGCGGAAGAGGUAGGCCGGAUAUGCCCUGGCGCCGUACCACCCAAAACAUCCGCCCAGUGCCGCCACAAGAUGGAGAAACUCCGCCAGCGUUACCGUGCCGAGAAACAACGAGCGCUGUCGUUCCCUGGUGGCCAGUUUCUCUCAACCUGGUUCUAUUUCGAAGCUAUGGAUUCAAUGGAGAAAAACGGUAACGGAUCUAAUGCCGAUGAAGAAACACAAUCCGGUAAUGAUCUCAAUUCUUCCGGUAUGAAAAAUGUUAAUUCGAAAAAUAAUCAUCAAUCCAACGCAAUUACUGUUUCGAAUUAUGGGGGUUUGCAUCCUGGGCGUGGGAUUCGCUUCAAACCAGUUGCAGCUGAUAGCAAUUUGGUAACUAUAGCAAGUAGGUCAAAUAAUUUUAGGGUUUCACAUAACUAUGCUGCACAAGAGGAAGAUAAUGAUAACGAUGAUGAAGUUGAAGACGAAUAUUUUAUUGAACCUCCAAUGGGUAAGAAUUCAGGAAAAAACCACAAACCAUCCUCUCAAAAUUAUUCAACAAGGUUCCAGUCUGAUCAUCAUAACAACAAUGGAGUUCAUGUACACCCAUCAAAUUUUCAAGUUACAGAACAUUCAGGUAUUAGACCAAGAAAAUUUAGCAAGACUGCUUCAAACUCGAAUCCUAGUUACUGGAAUGAAAAUGGGGAAGAAGACGACGAUAAUGAUGAUGGAGAAGAUGAAGUUUGGGUAAAGAUGGGAAAAGACAGGAGUUCAGCAUCCAUGGAGUUUAGAGAUAGUAAGUAUGGUGACAGGAACAGGAACAUGAACUCAAGCCACCACUAUUUGAAUGGUGAAGAUGAUUUUUCAAGAGAAAAAAGAGGGGUGAAAAGAGAAAAUAACAACUCCUUAGGAGAGAUUGUGUCAUCGAUUAAGGUUUUAGCUGAUGGGUUUGUGAAGAUGGAGAAGAUGAAGAUGGAUAUGGUUCAUGAGAUUGAGAAAACACGAAUGGAAGCCGAGAUGAAACGCAAUGAGCUGCUUCUUGAGUCACAAAAACAAAUCGUUGAGGCUUUCGUUAAAGGUUUAGCAGAUAAUAGAAAGCAACAACAGUGA